AUGUCGACCACAAUAUCGACAUGGAUGUGGAUGAAGGAUAUGCCGACUUGGAGCACCAACAUCAACCAUCGCCUCAACCAAACAUUGAUACAGAAUUUGUUGGGCCUGGGGAUCACCUCCAGACCAUGCAACACGGAUGGUAUAUUCCUCCUCCCUGGCACUCCGCCCCCACCUUUGGAGAACGUAGCAACUGGCGACUGGACACCCUUUCGCAAUCGUACAGAAUUCGAAACGGCAGAGUUCCUGUAUACGCAAAAUCAGAUGCCGGCAGGUCAAAUCAACCGGUUGCUGGAUUUAUGGGCGUCUACCCUUGCGAAACAUGGCGACAAGCCGCCAUUCGCAGAUCAUCGUGAUCUGUACGACAUCAUCGAUAAUUCACCAUUUGGGGACGUGAAUUGGCAAAAUUUUACAGUAACUUACGAUGGUGAGAGACCUGAAGAUGGUACCAAGCCGUGGAUGGACGACAAAUAUGAAGUCUGGUUUUGUGACCCACGUGAAUGGAAGGAUUUUAUGUCUGGUGACUGGGCAUGGGAUCAGGCAGAUGAAAUAGCUAAGGACCCGAGCACGCUCGGCUCUAUGUUUGUCCCUGUCAUCCUUGGCAGUGACAAAACAACAGUUUCAGUCGGGACAGCCCAUCGUGAUGGAGUAGCAGUCAUUGGCUUCCUUGCUAUGCCGAAAACUACAAAGGAACAUGCUACCGAGGCAGUGUUCCGAAAAUUCCGUCAACAGCUGUUCCAUUCGUCACUCUCCAAGAUUCUCAACACGCUGAAACCAGGCAUGACAACCCCCGAAGUCACUUGUUUUGGAGACAGUCACUACCGUCGGGUUAUAUACGGACUAGGGCCAUACAUAGCAGAUUAUGAGGAACAAGCGCUGUUAGCAUGUAUCGUGCGUGGUUGGUGCCCUAAAUGUAUGGCAUCUCGCGAGGAUCUCGACGAAGAUGUGUUACGUCGUUGUCGCGAAUACACAGAAGCACUCGUUCAAGAAGGUUCCUUAGGUGACCUGUGGGAUGACUUUGGAAUAGUCGGGGAACUUGUAGCAUUUACGAACGACUUCCCCAGAGCUGACAUCCAUCAGAUGAUCUCACCGGAUAUUCUCCAUCAACUCGUCAAAGGAGCAUUCAAGGACCACCUCGUCGAAUGGGCGGAUCAAAUUAUGGAUGAUAUUGAUUACAGAAUUGCUGCUGUCGCCUCAUUUUCAGGCUUGAGACAAUUUCCUCAGGGACGUGGCUUCAAGCAAUGGACAGGAGAUGAUUCGAAGGCCCUGAUGAAGGUCUACUUGCCUGCCAUCGAGGGUCAUGUACCCGUAGAUGUCGUGCGCACCUUUCGUGCACUUCUCGAAUUUUGUUACCUAGUCCGUCGUAACAUAAUCACAGAAGACACUCUAGUCGAAAUCGAAGACGCUCUCUCACGCUUUCACCAUUACCGUAACAUCUUCAGGACGACAGGAGUGGUUCCUACCUUUUCCCUACCUCGUCAACAUUCACUCAAGCACUAUGUCCAAAACAUACGAUUGUUUGCUGCACCGAACGGCCUCUGCUCAUCAAUUACUGAAAACAAGCACAUCAAAGCGGUCAAGGAGCCAUGGAGACGAUCCAGCCGUUAUAAUGCACUUGGUCAAAUACUUGUGACCAACCAACGGCUCGACAAACUUUCUGCAGCACGAGCUGACUUCACACGUCGGGGAAUGUUAACUGGUACUUGCCUCUCAGUAACUAUGGACGCCUUGGUACCCGCACAGCAGAUCAAUGAACUUGAUGAAAAUGUGCCGGCACCAGCACCUCUGCUGAUCGGCAUCGAUGAGGACCUGGAAAUUGAUGAUGAGGGCAAAAAACGUGCUCAAACUAUUCCUGCACUUGCCGAAGAACUCAAUAUUCCUAGUCUACCUGACCUCCUCAGACGCUUCUUAUUCCAACAGUUGCAUCCUAAAGAUCCUCGCGACCCAUCUAAUAUACCCCUCGCCGAAUGUCCCCUCUAUCUUAGCAAAAUCUCGGUCUUCAAUUCUGCAUCAUCACGAUUCUAUGCGCCAAGUGAUUUGAGCGGGAUCGGUGGUAUGCGUGUUGAACACAUUCGUUCUUGCCCCAUCUGGCAGAACGAGUACCAGCGCCAUGACUGUGUUUUCGUCAACACAGACUCCAGUUUGCCUGGCAUGCAAGGCCUCGAAGUCGCCCGUGUUCGUGCAUUUUUCUCAUUCAGGUACCGGGGCAGGUUAUAUCCCUGCGCUCUAAUAAGCUGGUUCGACAAAGUUGGCGACGCCCCAGAUGAAGAUACAGGAAUGUGGAUAGUUCGUCCUGGAUUUGGAGCAGACAGUGCUCCAGGGUACGCGGUCAUUCAUAUUGACUCUAUUUAUCGUGCUGCGCAUCUUAUUCCCAUGUAUGGCGUGCAAUUUGUGCCCCGGGAGCUCAAAUUUUAUCAUUCAUAUGACGCAUUUCAAGCCUACUAUGUGAACAAAUACGCUGAUCACCACGCAUUCGAGAUUGCAUUUUGA